UCCCGCCCGGCCCCGCCACCGCCCCGCCGGCCGCAGAACUGUGAGGCACAGUUUGGUAUGAUACCAUGGAAGGGCAGCACAACCACCCACAUCAUCUAGGGGACCAGAACAACCCUCUGUGCAAGCUGCCGGGGCAGGAAUUCCAGCAUGACCCUCAGAGGCACCUGACGGCGUUCCCGUACCGCUGCACCCUGGCAGACUUCCAGAUCGACAAGAAGAUCGGGCGAGGCCAGUUCAGCGAGGUCUACAAAGCAACUUGUCUGCUGGACAGGAAGCCGGUGGCACUGAAGAAGGUUCAGAUUUUUGAAAUGAUGGAUGCCAAGGCCAGGCAAGAUUGCAUUAAGGAAAUUGACCUCCUGAAGCAACUGAACCACCCCAAUAUAAUCAAGUAUUUGGACUCUUUCAUUGAAGACAACGAGCUGAACAUUGUCCUGGAGCUGGCUGAUGCCGGAGACCUCUCCCAGAUGAUUAAGUAUUUUAAAAAGCAGAAACGGUUAAUCCCGGAAAGGACGGUGUGGAAAUAUUUUGUGCAGUUAUGCAGUGCAGUGGAACACAUGCACUCCCGCAGGGUGAUGCACAGAGACAUAAAACCAGCCAACGUGUUUAUAACAGCCACAGGGGUGGUGAAGCUGGGAGAUCUUGGAUUAGGCCGGUUUUUUAGUUCUAAAACCACUGCAGCACAUUCCUUAGUGGGAACUCCCUACUAUAUGUCCCCCGAGCGAAUACACGAGAACGGCUAUAACUUUAAGUCUGAUAUCUGGUCCCUGGGCUGUUUGUUGUACGAGAUGGCAGCUCUGCAGAGUCCCUUCUAUGGAGAUAAAAUGAACCUGUUUUCUCUUUGCCAAAAAAUAGAGCAAUGUGACUACCCACCUCUUCCAGCUGAACAUUAUUCUGAAAAGCUGCGGGAGCUGGUCAGCAUGUGCAUAUACCCCGACCCAGAUCAGCGGCCUGACAUCGGUUACGUGCACCAAAUAGCCAAACAAAUGCACGUGUGGACCUCGAGCACAUGAGCACACGGAGCCAGCACAGCUCAGUCUUACUUGAAUCCUUUUCUCAGCUGAAAGCGACUGGUGCCAGGUCACACAGGUGGGAGGUUGAGCACUCGCAGCAGAGGCUCCAUCAUUUGCAGGUUAUUUGACAAGGACUCUUACAGGUGGUCGUGCUUUAACGUGAAGAUUCUGUGAGGUAUUGCAAGUGAUUCUUUUAUUUUUUAUUUUUAAGGCCAAUAACGUUACGGAUGUAGAUCAUUUAAGGGUCCUUUCUUAAAACUGUCGUGUGUAAUCUAGGAUAGCCGAUAUUACCGAGGGCUCGGCCUUUGCCAGACCUUCUCUCUUAACUGUAAUGUGAAAUACUGAAAUAAUUCCUUCAGUGAAAUCACUUUAUACUAAUGUAAGAAUUACCGUAGAUUUUGUGUAAUUUGUAUAACUGCUACUUUGCCUCUUCUGCAAAUGGUUAAUAGCAAAUUCAGUUUUUACUUGGUGUAUUUUAAAGCAGCCAUUUAUGUGUUUUUAUUAAUUCCCUCCUCUUCAGACUUAGAAACUGGGAAGGGUUGGGGGGUGGGAAACACUUUGGGUUUUCUUUUUUUUUUUUUUUUUAAUUGUAAACUUUGUGUAUUUUGCUGAUGCAUUUCUCUGUCAGAGAUGAGUUAAACAUGAGCCUGGGGAAAAGAAGCCAAACAUGCCAAGCAAACCCAAACCAGCUUUGCUCCUGCAGAGAAUUGCUCCUCACCCUCAUUUUCCCUUUGGGAAUGGCUCUUCUCAGCCUCCAGGUUCUUGUUUAAAACCAGUGUUGAUCGAAGCCAGUUCGAUUUUGGUGCAGAGACUUUUACACAUUCAAUAGUACAUUGGGUACUAUCAGUGGAACUUCAGCAGUGUUUUAAACACUUGGAAAAUUUUUUAAAAAAUAAAUGAAAUGCUCUGUGUAUGGAAUUCUGCAUAGGAUCAGCCCCGUCCCUCAAACUGUGAAAGCUCAUUACAGAAUGUGAAUGUCAAUGAAUCUCAGCCUGAUCUGAA